AUGGACAUCUUGGCUUUUAGAUCCGAAGAGAAUAGUUAUAAUAUUCUCCCAUCGGCGGCAACCAUGCUUUUCCAUGGCCUCCCCGGAGGCGACGUGCACGGCGUGGUGGAAGAAAUGGACCGGAGAGGAAAGAGCGAGUCAGCGGCCAUCAGCUCAGCUAUCGAUAUGGGCGAGUCGGAGACGGCCAUGCCGUGCAUGACAACAGAGCGCGUGGCCCUGUGCGCAGGUUGUGGAAGGAAGAUCGCGGACCGCUACUACCUGCUGGCCGUGGACAAACAGUGGCACAUGCGCUGUCUCAAAUGCUGUGAAUGCAAACUCAACCUGGAGUCUGAGCUCACCUGCUUUAGCAAGGACGGCAGCAUCUAUUGCAAGGAGGACUAUUACAGAAGAUUUUCUGUGCAGAGAUGCGCUAGGUGCCAUCUCGGCAUUUCUGCCUCGGAGAUGGUGAUGCGUGCCCGGGACCUGGUUUACCACCUCAACUGCUUCACCUGCACGACCUGCAGCAAGAUGCUGACCACCGGGGACCACUUUGGCAUGAAGGACAAUCUGGUGUACUGUCGGCUGCACUUUGAGACUCUCAUCCAAGGGGACUAUCAGACACAUUUUAACCACGCAGAUGUGGUUCCACACAAGGGCCUGAGCCCGGCCAACACGCUCGGACUAUCCUACUUUAACGGUGUGGGAACAGUUCAGAAAGGCCGACCAAGGAAGAGGAAGAGCCCUGGACCAGGAGCAGAGCUGGCAGCUUAUAACGCAGCACUGAGCUGCAAUGAGAAUGACAGCGAGUCCAUGGACAGGGACUCCCAAUAUAGCACCAGUCAGAAGACCAAGCGAAUGAGGACGUCCUUCAAGCACCACCAAUUGAGAACCAUGAAGUCCUACUUUGCCAUCAACCAUAACCCAGACGCUAAGGACCUCAAGCAGCUCGCCCAGAAGACAGGCCUCACCAAGCGCGUCUUACAGGUGUGGUUCCAAAACGCUCGGGCCAAAUUCAGGAGGAAUCUUCUUAGACAAGAAAGCACUGGUGGAGACAAGACGUCCGACGGCUCCACACUGCAGGGUGGGACGCCAUCAGGCCCAGCCUCUGAAAUCUCAAAUGCCUCCAUGAGCCCUUCCAGCACCCCCACCACCCUCACAGACUUAACCAACCCCACAAUGCCCACAGUCACCUCUGUGCUUACCUCAGUCGCAGGCAGCAUGGACGUCCAUGAGUGUAGGAGCCCAUCACAGACCACACUGACUAGCCUUUUCUGA